AUGAAAAUUGAGAAAAGAAAGUUAGAAUGGCUUUUCCUUUUGGCUUUCUUUUGUUGUUCCGUACCCCAAUUCUGUGAUGGUGACGAAACAAUAACCGAGGGAGGUCCCACCCGCAAUCACCACCAUCACCACCGUCCACCGCCUACCGCCGGGGUCCACCGAAUCAUCAUCAACUCACACUACUUACGCACAAAGAUCCGAACACCCAGAAAAAAUCUCGUUUAUGUUCUUGAAUUUCUGUGUGUGUCUCCCUCUAUCUUUUAUCUCCCACCUGGAAAACAUUCUUUCUUGGUCACAGAUUCUCUUGAAGACAUCGAAUUAUAUACCCUUUUGGCUUUGAAGGAAGGUGGCGUUUGA